UCUGGUUGUAUCUAAUAUAGUGCUUAGUACCACAUGCAAACCCUCACUCCCUAUUCCCGAACCAAGUGUUCUUCCCGAGACACGUGUCAUCACUUUCAUUCUCCUUAAAUUGAUUCUUACAACUCUCAUCACCAUCACCUUACCCUUACCCUUACCCUUACCCUUACCUCUCUCUCUCUCUGCGCAAGUGCCAAAAAACCCAAAAUCACAAGCUUCAAUUCCCUUCAAUGGAGGAGCCCCACCAAACUCGAAAAGAGAAGAACAGUCCUCCUGCUUCACAGGUUCUGGCACUCUCCAUCCUCGUCCCUUUCGGAGCUACUCUCCUCUUCCUCGCCGGCAUCACCCUCACCGCCACCGUGACUGGGCUCGCCGUCACCGCCCCACUGUUUGUAAUCUUCAGCCCCGUCUUGUUCCCCGCAACCCUAGUCAUUGGUUUGGCUGUCGUCGGGUUUCUGACAUCUGGAGCAUUUGGCGUCACCUCACUCUCUUCGUUUGCUUCGAUGGCCAACUAUCUCCGCCGCUCACGGUUGCCGGAAACCCUGCAACAUGCAAAGUGGCGUGCGCAAGAGAUCGUGGGCCAAGUGGCCCACAAAACUCAGGGAGCUGGCGACAGUGAAGAAAGCACGGCCGUGGAAACAGGACAGGAGGCCCAAAGUGAGGCCCGUUAAGCAGGAAAAGUAUUAAAGGUUUGAUUUUAGGCGUAGACUUAUAUAUUGUAAUGUUUUCUGAAAUAUUGACGCUUAAAUAUAUGGUAUGUUGUAAAAACAGUUUGUAGUCUGCUUCUACCAAUAAAUUGCCAUGCCACGUGUUAAUUAG